CAUUUCCAAACAAAUUCCCAGAGAAAGGCGACCGUCGGACAGUGCCCAGUGUUUCGACUUUUGCUGGGCAAAUACGCGACACCGAACCAAGACAUGCAUGCACCACGCACCGCCAAGGGAUGUAGGCUCUGUCGCCGCGCCACCCAACCUCGGGGUUUAAUUUUACCAGCGAUGGGCUUCAAUCUAAUACCAACCAAGGCCCGAAGCACGACGCAAAAGAACGGAUCCGGAUCAAAGCGGCGGACUCAGGCACAGGGGAAGAAGAGACACAGUACACCAAAGUUGCCAAUGACAUUGAGUUGCUUGUCGACAAGGGAGCUUGACGAGAAGACAUAUAAGAAGGCUGCCGCCAGCUGUGAAAACCACGACCUUCAGGUAUUAGAGACCGGGUCAUGCAGCAUCGACAGUGGGACGAACGUAACAAUUCAUGAGUUUGAGAAUCGUGCACCAUCCCGAGAAAUGAAAAAGAAAAUAACAAAACAUAAUCAUCUCAUACAUGCAAUCCUAGCAGGCUGAACAUCGUUAGAUGAAAGGAAAUAGGAAAAUAGUAAUAAUACUUCGUGCCAGCAUAACAAUAUAAACAGACAUAAAAGUUUCAAACGGAUGAAACGAGGCGUUUCCGACGAAACCAGAGGGAGGUGGGAAUGACGUCAAUAAGUACGAG